UCCCAUAAUGCUUUGCAUCACAAACUGCACGCGCGAACGAUGCACCUUGUAGUCAAGUAUUGUUGGAAACGGAGCAAUUUAAACCUCACUGCCACAUAAACAUGACAGCAAGUCGAAACAUACAGCCAGACUCAUAAAGAGCUAGCCUCAGAGACAAAAAGAACAAGGAGUCCUGCAAGAGAUGGUCUAGCCUCCACAGACCCCUGUUCUCAACAGCAAUCUGGGAUCACAUGAAGAGACAGAAGAAACAGAGACAGUCUAAAUCCACAGAAACACUGUGGCAAGUUCUCCAAAAUAAUCGGAACAACCUGCCUGGUCAGUCUUGGUGCUUAAGAGGCCAGUAAUGACCACAAGCGACAGCUGUUCAGUUCUUAAAGAUGUCGUUGCCUAUGUUGAUGUGUGGUCAUCAGACAAAACCGCAAACUAUUCAAAACCAUUCAUUCAACAGCUGCAAGAAAUGGGAGCUCAGGUAUCAAAAACAUUCAAUAAACAAGUCACACAUGUAGUCUUCAACAAUGGCCAUUCGGCUACAUGGAAAAAAGCCAAGAAAAGUGGUGUCAGGCUCGUCUCUGUUCUCUGGGUAGGCAGAUGUUACGAUGAUGGUGUGCGUGUGGAUGAGGAGUUGUACCCAGCCUUAAAUGAUGAAAGCAAUCCUGUGUUGAAGAACAAAAAACAUCGGUGCAUGCAGCCAAAAGAUUCCCCAGAGAGGACACCUGAAAAUGACAGGCGCAUGAAGAAGAAAUUAGACAAAAUGAUGAAAGACCUGGUUCCAAAACAACCUCUGGUUACAGAUGUGUCGCCUAUCAUAAUUGACGAAGAGAGUGGAAUAGUCUAUAGCCCUGCGUUGAAAAGAUCGGAUUAUAUGGCACAGCGUUUGAAAGACAUGAGAGAGAAACGGGAAAAUCUCUCACCCACAGCUUCACAAAUGGCUGAAUCCCGCUCACCCACUGGGCUGAAACCUUCUCUUGGGAGUACACCAACCAUCCUCAAAUUAAUGUAUGAUCAGUCUGAUGAUGAUUCCAGUGCUUCUGUUGCUGAACCUGGCUGCUCACCUGAUAAAGAAGAAGGGAGAACACAAGUUGAUGUUACUGACCAUGGCCAUCUUGGAAAACGACACAGGAAAGGCUCAGAAAAGCCCUGGCUGUCACCCUGCCAUGAUGUGCCAAAAAGGAUUUCAACUCCAUUGAAAUGUCCUGACUUGGUGGACAAAGAAGAAGAUAAAGAAGGGAAUAGGCAAAAAAAGUCAAAGUCAAGGACUUCGGUCAAAAAAAAGCUAGCAGAGACACACAAAUCUGUAGAUUUAUUAGAAAGUAGUUGCCAGGAUAUGAGACCUGACAACAGCAAGAACUAUCGUAAAGAAAAAAGGCGAUCACAGAUAAAAUCAUCUAUCUCAACACCUAACAAAUCUGAAAAGGGAAAACAAAAGAUGAAAACUAAAUCUUUUACAGAGACUAAGACCAGUAUUUGCCCUGAUGAUGUGAAUUCUUCUAGCUGUCUCUUGUCACCAGCAGUGCCAGGUGAUGCUGCAGUUGAACAGUCAAAAGAAACUGCUGCUUCAUUACAGAAAAUGGAACAGAAAACACCUAAACUAGCCAGACAAUCAUUUUCUGCCUUGGUACGAUCUUUCGCUCUGUCUAGUGAAUCUCAGAGUGUUGCCACAGCUUCCACUGAUGGAGAUGAUAAUGUGUUUGAGGACUAUUUCUCCCCAGCUAAUCACCGCCAGAGAUCAAAAAGACCUCUCUUGUCUAAUCUACCUGUGGAAGAAGACAUUCCUUUUGAGUUGGACCCUGUCCCAAAGAAGAGAAAACAAAGGAGAAGUGAAAUCAGUGGAUCUGAAAAUAGCAGUAAAAAGAAGAGGAAAGUGGAAGAAAGUCAAACUGGCAAAAAUCAGAGUCAGCAGUCUGAUGCAAGCAGUCAUCAUCUGCAACAGGAUGUUAAAGAAUCUCUGCCUCCAUUAGAUAAUACAAGUGCCAGUGUAGCACUUGUGGCUAAAAGGCAAAGACAGAGCACCUUGCCGUUCAUAAGCACCAGUACAACUGCAAGUGAUGCAGUAAAACAGAGAAGAGCAUCUGCAUCAGUACAACCAACAGUGUUAACGGAGGAUAACGCAGCAUUGGAACUGCAGAAAAACUCUGAUGUCAGUGCCCUCUCUCACACUUUGGAAAGUAGAGGAAAUGAAUGUACAGUUGCAGCUGGUUUAACAGAGCUCCCCUCUGAAGACGAAGAAAAUCACAAUAAGCAAGUCAGCUUGAGUCUUCAGAAAAUGGUCAACAAAACAAAGGCUAUGAGAACAUUGGUGAUGACAAGCAUGCCCACUGAGAAACAGCACACAGUGGUUCAGGUGGUGAAAGCACUGGGUGGUUUUUCAAUCGUUGACCGGGUUUGUGAGAGCACAACCCAUGUGGUGUCUGGGGGUCACCGGCGGACUCUCAAUAUUCUGUUGGGCAUAGCUCGUGGCUGCUGGAUCCUCUCUUUUGAAUGGAUUCUCUGGUGUUUGGAGCAAAGGCAGUGGAUUCCAGAGGAACCAUAUGAACUUUCAGACCACUUUCCAGCAGCACAGCAUCCUGUGUGAAAUGUGGAUGUUGCCUCUUCCUGAACUCGUCAUUCAUGAAUCACUGUCCUCUCCUGCCACUGUGAGGGAAGACAUGGGGUCUUGAUGGUGACAAAUGUCAACACAUUUCCUCUUGAAACUGUGUGAUGGCUUUUGUUGUGACAGACAAAAUAUUUUUAUGUCCUUAAGGCCUUUUACCAUUCCUUUACUCUUAUGGAUGCAUCCAGCAAUUGGCAAACCACAUGCCUCCCUAUUUUUUAUUCAGAUCCUGUGCCCUGUGGAGCGCAGUGGUGUUGCCUUCAGCUAUUAUCAAGGUUGAUGAUAGAAACUGAUUUUAAUAGCAUUGUUUAAAAAGACCGUUUUCACAGUGAAUUUUACAUCUCUUGCAUAUUCGCUCACACUACUCAAAUAACCAUGCUAACCAUAAGCUCGUAGUAAGAUUAAAACACUGACGCAUACGUGUCACAUGAGGCCAAUGUGUGAGGCUCUACUUUAACUCUCCCUUUAAUAUCUCUGCAUUAGAACAUUAUAGGAAAUGUUACAAAUCAAUGAUCAGGGCAGCUUUAUGGCUGUAUUGGGUUUACAGGUUUUUCUAUUAAUCUGUUACAGUAUAUCUGGUUAUUUUGCCCAUAAGCAGUCUCACUUUCCCCCAAAUUUUAUGUCACUACAUAUAUCAAUAUUGCAGUUUAAAGUUAAAUAUACUGUUUUAUCCACAAGCCAUAGUACAUGUAUCUAUACAUAUGUCUUCUGAGGAUGUGGGAGGUAAAUUUGAAAUCCUUAGUUUAAGUGUGAUUAGUAACCUUAAAAAGAAAAUGAACAACAAAAAUUGAAUUUUGGAAAAUUUUUAUUUUAAAGAAGAAAUGAUAAAACAUUGCUGAAGAAGUUGUGGUAGUCUGAUAAUUGUGCAUUCACAAGACUGUUCAUUGUUAUAGUGCAGAACAGGACUAUUGGACUAAGGCUUACAGUAUGUCUUAAGUUCUUUGCCUUGUGGUUGUGUUUAAUAUUCAACUUUAGGUAUAUAACAGCUCGUAGAGUAUUACAGUCAAACACUCUUACAAAACCUUAAGCCAGUGGUGAGAAAUUCCUUCCUCGCUUGUGCUACUUUUCAUUGUUGUAGCUUCAAAAGAAAUGUUGCAUAAAUAAUAAAAAAAGUCCCAAACGACUGCAAAGAGAUCAUCAACAUGUAUGAGCAUGUGGGAAGGUAAACUGCAUAAUUAUAUUAAAAUAUAUCCUCCAAGUUUAUGUGCAAUGAAAUUAUUAAUUAGCUGGGAACUAGGAGGCAGAUCUGUCUAACAAAUCUCUAUCACAUAUAAUAAUGUUAAAUAUCAACUUUAAAAUCUACAUAUAAAUUAAACAACAAAUGUACAUACAUUCUCUGGAGAAAAACGGUCCCAAGAGAAAUAUUUUCUGUGGCAUUUUUACAUUUGCAUUUACAUUUUAGGUAUUCAACAGAACAUUUUUCAGAACACAACAAUCAUUUUGAGCCAGUUGUUUGUCUGCAUGUUGUACCAUAGUCUCUUUCUUAAAAUUACAUAGACAGCUAUUAUUCAAAACAUAGUUAAAUGGCUGCUUAAACUAUAAUAAAAUCAUUCAAAAAAAUUAAAUGAAUCAGUGUCACAUUUUACUCUGGUCCCUCCUGUUUGGUUAGCUAGCUGUUACACUCAAUGUAAGUAUUAUAUCUGUAGUUAUCUAUACAUACCACUGGCAAAGUAUUUUCAGUAUAGAUAUUUGUCAGUCCAUAUUUCACAAGUUUUUGCAACAACCCAUUUGAUUCAAAUUAUUAAACAUAUAAACAUGCCCAAAA